UGUUCUUGCCCUUGUGAAGGCUCAGCUGUUUGCAAUUUUGCCGGUGUUGUUUUCCUUAAGUUUGUUGCAAACACGUGCGCUGAAAUGGGAGUUUAUUUCAGGGUUGCCAGAAAAACAGCUCCGCGGAGAGACUUGAUCCCAUUCCUGACUUCCUGCCAAUUGUGAUAAGGCGCAGUCCGCGCGGGUUCUCGCACGCAGAAGGGGUGCGGGCGGCGGCGGCGGCCAUGGACGACGAGGAGGAGACGUACCGGCUCUGGAAAAUCCGCAAGACCAUCAUGCAGCUGUGUCACGACCGUGGCUAUCUGGUGACCCAGGACGAGCUUGACCAGACCCUGGAGGAGUUCAAAGCCCAAUUUGGGGACAAGCCGAGUGAGGGGCGGCCGCGGCGCACGGACCUCACCGUGCUGGUGGCCCACAACGAUGACCCCACCGACCAGAUGUUUGUGUUCUUUCCAGAGGAGCCCAAGGUGGGCAUCAAGACCAUCAAGGUGUACUGCCAGCGCAUGCAGGAGGAGAACAUCACACGGGCUCUCAUCGUGGUGCAGCAGGGCAUGACACCCUCCGCCAAGCAGUCCCUGGUCGACAUGGCCCCCAAGUACAUCCUGGAGCAGUUUCUGCAGCAGGAGCUGCUCAUCAACAUCACGGAGCACGAGCUGGUCCCUGAGCACGUCGUCAUGACCAAGGAGGAGGUGACAGAGCUGCUGGCCCGAUAUAAGCUCCGAGAGAACCAGCUGCCCAGGAUCCAGGCGGGGGACCCUGUGGCGCGCUACUUUGGGAUAAAGCGUGGGCAGGUGGUGAAGAUCAUCCGGCCCAGUGAGACGGCUGGCAGGUACAUCACCUACCGGCUGGUGCAGUAGCUACCGCCUGACAGCUCCUAGAGGCGGACACACAGCGACCCCCAUCCCUGCAGGACAAACUCCCCUGCCCUGCUAGAAUCCGGCCCCCCAGCUCACGGCUGCUGCUCCUCUGGACUCCCCAAGGCAGGCGGUCUCCACCCACGUUCUGUCCUGGGGUGAGGCUUCCUGUGGCCCAGCCCGCCCCAUUCCCCUGUGGAUUUGUGCGAGAUGCAGCCUCAGAAGGGACAAGGACCCCAGAGGGAGGUCACCUAGGGGCAGCUGGUGCCGGGUCUUCACCCAGACCACGCUGGGUCCCCUCUGUUGGGGGUUUGGGGUCCGGGUCUCCCACCAGCCACUGCUUCCUCCUGGGCCCUCGGCCUUCCACCCCUCCUCUUCCCUCCCUCGGGGGCCCUGAUGCGUGGUGGCCCCCACCCGGCCUCGGCUCUUUACUCCAUUCACAGCCGUGCACGCGCUCAAGCCACCAGGGUGCGAGAUGCCAGCUCUGGAGUUCUCGGUUGUUGUAGGAGGUUGGGUGUUUUCAAAUGGUAAAGAUGUUUUGAGCAAAUAAAUUUGCUUGAUACAGAAACCAGGCCGACUAACAAGGUUUUCAGCAGGUGGCCUUGCCUCACCCCAAGCACACGAGGUCAGCUUGGCAGGUGGGCCCUCCUCGCGCUGGCUUCAGGGGUCAGUGCCUCCCCAGGCCCUCGCUCUGCCCUCCCACUUCGUGCUCCUGGGUAAGGCGUGAGCGUGUCUGUCUCUUCCCUUCCCGUGAGAGUGUGGAGUUGUUCUCUGGCUUGUGCAGCUGUGGUUUGCAGCCAGUUCCUCGUAUAGACGUUUGGGAUCUGGCUCUACUUCCCCGUUUGCUUGCUGUGUGAUUUCAGAAGGCCUCGCCUGCCCAAGUUUAACCUAGUCCCGUGGUUCUCUCACAGCAGCUUUGUUAAGAUGUAAUUCACCCUCGUGCGGUCGGUGGUCUGUAACGUGCCCACUGUUCUGUGCAGCAGGGUCCCCAGAUCCCCGGGCCGCAGACAGUGUGUGUGAUGGGGACAGCGCUUCCCCUUCUCUCCAAAUGUAGUUUUUUCAAAAUUGUCUCGGCCAAAGCAAGCCAGACACAAAGGGACAAACACUGAUGUCACUCCUAGGAGGUUGCUAGAGUUGUCAGAGACUGGAAGUCGGAUGGGGGUUCCCGGGGCUGGGGAGUUGGGUGGGGAUGGGGGUUCCCGGGGCUGGGGAGGAGGGAGGGGACAGAGUGUGUCAUGUGCACAGUUUUAGUUUGGGAAAAUGAGGAAAUUCUGGAGGUGGCUGGGUGCGGUGGCUCACGCCUGUAAUCCCAGCACUUUGGGAGGCCGAGGUGGGCGGAUCACCUGAGGUCGGGAGUUCGAGACCAGCCUGACCAACGUGGGAAAACUCCAUGCUACUAAAAAUACAAAAAUUACCCGGGCGUGGUGGCACAUGCCUGUAAUCCCAGCUAAUUGGGAGCUGAGGCAGGAGAAUCACUUGAACCAAGGAAGUGGAGGAUCGCUUGAGCUCAGGAGUUAAAAGACCAGCCUGGGCAACACAGAGAAACCCCCCACCUCUACAAAAAACUUAAAGAUUACCUGGGCACAGUGGUUCACACCUGUAAUCCCAACACCUUGGGAGGCUGAGGCGGGAGGAUCAUUUGAGCCCAGGAGGCCGAGGCUGCAGUGAGCUACGAUUGUGCUCCCGUACUCCAGCCUGGGUGACAGGGUCACAUCCUGUCUCAAAAAAAAAAAAUGCAGUUCCACAGGCGCAUGGGCCACGUUUCCAGUGCUUGGUGGCCAUGUGGGGCUGACGUGUGGAACCUUAGAGCCGGAGGACACGUCCGUCAUCUGGAACGUUUUCCUGGACUGCCCUGGGCUGCAGGUGGACAUGACGAGGUCAUUCGAUGCCUGACCGUCUGCACAGCCUGUGGUGAAGACCACCCGGGCUCCCACCUCGCGGGGCCCCAUGGUAGGGGGUUCCCUUCCUCACACAUCGCUCUCCUUGGGGGAGGCCCAGGGCCACGCUACGGGGCUCCCUCUGUCCCCUCCCUGGCCCCUUCUUCCAAGCUUGCAGCUGCCAUAGAAAACAGACCCGAUUAAAAACUUUUUAUUUCAGCAAAAUAAACGUGCCUGUGAACUACACGGUGGCUUCUGAGAGACCCCACUGUGUACCUGAGCCCCAGGUGGCCACACCUGGUGUUCCAGAAAAGGGAGUCCAGGUCCAGUAUUCAGGCCCUGCUGUACUGCACCCUGGAAACUGCACCAAACCCCAGCUCCGCCCCCAUCCACGGCUCCCAGAAUGGUUUCUGGAGUCCCUGCAACAGACCUGUGAGGAGAGGGCGGGGCAGGGCCUGCCUCCUGCGUCCCUGUGAUGACCCGGGGGAUGCACUGGGCAGGGACAGCUUCCUCCAUCCACACAGCUCUGUGGGCACCAACAAGGCCACUGCGACGUCACACGACAGCAGUGUUCCCCAGCUCAGCUGAGCCAGGGUGCAGGGGAGAGCACAGGGCACAGUCCUGUGCCGCAAGGCCCUCGUGCUCCUGGAAGCCUCUGGGAGGAGGCGCCCGCCGGUGGGACGUUGAAGUCCAGGCGCUCUCGGCAGCGACCCCAGGACGGCGCACCUAAGCUAUGCCGUGGUGCAGGGGAUGUGCUGGAGGGACAGGAGCAGGCAAGAGAGAAGCCACCUGUGGUCCCUGCCCCACCCCAGCUCACACGAAUUCCGGCUGCCUCUGCCUGCAGGAGCCCAGCGUCAUCCGCCCGCCACGGAGCCUCACGGGGGGCAGUGGGGUCUGCAGCACGUUGUUGGACUGGUUGGUGUUGAAUCCUGAGAGCUGCUGGGCCGGGCCGUCCUCGUCCCGGUCUCCGUCCUCCCGGGCUGUGGCCUCCAGCUGCUCCUCACUGCCGCUGUGGCUGCCAGAAGCCGCCUCUAGGCUGGCCUCGCUCUGCUGCUGCUCCAGGAAGCUGAGGCGGCGCAGGGCACUGGCCUCCGAUGAGGACAGCAGCUCGGAGGCCUCCUCUAGGUCCGAGUCCGAAUCGUUGGACACAACUCGGGAUUCUGAGAAAGGGAGACAGAUGGGGGAGAGAGACAGGAAAGAUGGGGAGAGAGAGACGGAGGAGAGACAAGGGGAGGGACAGACAGAUGGAGAGACAUGGCGGAGAGGAGGAGGAGGAGAGAGAGACAAGGGGAGAAACGGAAGGAGAAAGAGGUGUUGACAGGGUCUGGCUCUGUGUCCCCACCCAAACCUCAUCUUGUAGCUCCCAUAAUUCCCACGUGUUGUGGGAGGGAGCUGGUGGAGGAUGGUUGAAUCCUGGAGGUGCGUCUUUCCUGGGCUGUUCUCGUGAUAGUACAUGGGUUUCACAAGAUCUGACGGUCUAAAAACUGGAGUUUCCGGACACAAGCUCUCCCUUUGCCUGCCGCCAUCCAUGCAAGAUGUGACUUGCUCCUCUUUGCUUUCUGCCAUGAUUGUGAGGCCUCCCCAGCUACAUGGAACUGUAACUCCAUUAAACCUUUCUUUUGUAAA